UAUACUAAAUGCUAUAUAUACUAUAUAAGGCAAUGUCGUAUUACAGGUACUUAAUUUGUUUUUCAGUUUUCUUUGUAGGGUCUUUUGCGUUUGAUAAACGACUCCUUUUGAACGACCCGGAUGUGAUGACUGAAUUGAAGGGAUUAUCUUUGGAGGUACAAACUAUAAAACAGAAAUCUUUUCAACUAGAACACGAUCUGGCACAAAAAUCAGCUGACGUUACUCAAAUGAAACAUGAACUUGCCACCACUUCACAGGAGCUUGCAAAAAAUAAACUUGAACUUGCAACAAUUAAACAGAGUAUGAUCACUUCAAACUCGGUUGUAGGAUCUGUUUAUACUAGAUGGGGAAGAGAUGAUUGUCCAUCUAACGGAACAGAAUUAGUUUAUUCAGAGGCUCCAUACUUGGGACAGGAGCUUAAAUGCAUACUCUUUUCUUUUAUUAAUACAGGGAUAGCUGGUGGUGGUUGGUAUGGUUACACAGGCUCUGCUGUAAACUAUGUGUGUUUGCCUCACCAUCCAGAAUUUAUCAAAGGCGACUCAUCAGGCGGUGACGCGACAAUAUAUGGUGCAGAAUAUCAAACCAAUUAUUUUGGUCAAGGUUUAUAUGAUAAUGAUGUUCCCUGUGCUGUGUGUAGAGCCGUCGGAAAGUCAUCUGUGCACAUGAUUCCAGGGAAAAUAAAUUGUUAUGGUAACUGGCAUCAAGAAUACUAUGGUAGACUGGCUGCCAAUGCAAACACUCAUACAGCAGGUUCUGAAUACGUAUGUGUGGAUCACGUGGCACAGUUCCGAGAAGGAGGUGGAUCGAAUGCUAAUGGGAAACUAUUUUUUAAAGUUGGAGCUAAGUGUGGUUCACUGCCUUGUCCUCCGUAUUAUGACCUGGCACCCAUGUCUUGUGUUGUCUGCUCUAAGUGA